AUGGAAGGACAAACAGGACAACAAGAGGAGUUGUUUGUAGAAAUUGAUCAAAAAACAGAUGAUCAAGCAUAUAGUGAUGGUGAAGCAGCAUCAUGUACAACAGAUGGUAAUGAAAUAGUUAAUAUUAUUGUCACGUCUGAUCCGAUCUUGCAAGGAGAAUCUAUGCCAAGAAGGUAUACAUACUCGUGGAGAAGGCGAAUACAGAAAGUUUUACCUCUAUUGAAGAUGGAUGAAUACAACAGACACGAGUAUGAUCCGAAAGUAGUUUCAUUAGGACCUUACCAUCAUGGUAAGACAGAGCUACAGCUAGCAGAGGAUUUCAAGCAUAUAGCCCUUGAAAUGUUUGUUUCGGGGAGCAGCAAAGACGUAGCUUAUUUCUAUAAUAAGAUACUUGAAGUUGUUGACAACGCAAGAAGUUGUUAUGUCGAUGGCUCUAUAGACAAGUACAAUGAUCAUGAAUUUGCCUUAAUGAUGCUUCUUGAUGCUUGCUUUAUCAUCAACCAUAUCGAGCUUAGCACAACGGAUAGGUAUAACAAACUCAGAACCACGAGGCACCAUCUUGGAAUGUUGGCGUUAUCAACAACAGUUCGUGAUAUGUUUUUGCUUGAGAAUCAAAUCCCAUUUUGGAUACUGAAGCUCUUGAUCAGUUUACGAUAUGACAAAGAUGAAGGAGAUGAAUUGCUAGAGAUGUUCUUGAAUUUCACCCUUUUCGGUGAAUAUGAACAAAAAGGGGAAAUGAGUUACAACCAUGUAGAAGAGCCUCUGCAUCUGCUUGAAGCCUUUAGAACAAGACUUGUCUCACAACAGAGUGAAGUACGAAACUUUCAUCGUACUUGCACACCUCAAUGGUUAAAGAGGAAGAAAAGCAUAUGCAAUGAUCGCGUUAACAUGAAAAGCUACAUUCACUCCUUUCGUUCAGUUACUGAUCUCAAAGCAAAAGGUAUUCAAUUCAAGCCUAGCUGCACUCAUUCACUCAAGGAUAUCAAAUUCAAAUCAAGAUACUUCUAUGGACAGCUUGUACUUCCAACUUGGUAUGUUUCUAUCUACACAAAGGCAUUCUUCUUAAACAUGAUAGCCUACGAGAUGUGUCCAAAUACAGUUACUGAUCGCGCUGUGACAUCAUACGUAUACUUCAUGAAAUCACUAAUUGAGAGUCCAAGGGAUGUCAAGGAACUACGCGAAAAGCAAAUACUAUUCAACAUGCUUGGUAGCGACGAGGAAGUAGCAAGAAUGUACAAAGAGAUCAAUACGUAUGGAGUGAACAACGCGCACAUUUUCUACAAUGUGAAAGAAAAGAUUCAAGAACAUUAUCAUAACAAGGCAAAAACAUGGAUAGCUGAGCUGAUACACACUUACUUUAGGAGUCCAUGGACUGCUUUAGCAUUACUAGCAGCUACUUUCUUGCUUUGCUUGACUUUUACUCAAACUUAUUUUACAAUAAAUCCCAAUCUUAGAUCAUGA